CGAAUUAUUACUCAAUUUAUUAUUUUUAAUUUUGAUUUUAAUUUUAUUCAAAAAGGGGUUUUUUUUAGUAAAUUAAGGCAGUUCCAAGCAGUUAUGGUCUUUCGAGGAUCAAGCAAAUAUUGUGCCUAAAUCUGUGACUAUUUAACAGCUGUGUGUGACUUUGAAAAAAAAAAAAAAAGGUUCAAACUUUAAAGGAAAUCAAAUGUAUACAGCACUGUAGAGUCAUUUAUCACUGAGUAAGUGCUUUAAGUCUUUUGUGUGAGACAGAGGGGGUUACUGGGUAGGUUCAAAAUUUUCAUUUUUAUUCAAUUGGGUUUUUGCUUAUCUGCUCUCUGGAUUCUUAGCCUUUUUCAAAAGCAUUCCUUUGUUUUGCUUUUAUUGUGAAAACUUACAUGAAACUCUGUGCUUUCUUUCUUUUAGUUUGAGAGAGAGAAACAAGAUUGUAGAAUGAGCAAGUGUUGAGAGAAGGAUAGAUUGGUUGUUGAAACAGAGACACAGUCUUUCUGCUUAAUGGUGACAAAAUAGAAGUUAUGGACAUUUCAGAAGUUAUGAACAUUCCUGACUAUACAAGAAUUCUAUUUGAUAAGCUUCAGAAGUUUGAGCCUGAAUAUGCUUCAAAGAUAAUUGGAAUUCUGCUUUUGCACAAUGAACAUGACAUUGCUAAAUUGGCCACAUGUCCGGACCACAUCGUCCGUGACGUGGCAUUCAAGGCCAAGAAUGAUCUUCAAAGAAUGUCUGCUCAUAAACCAUCCAUAAUUCCAAUUUCAGUCCCUAUGAACCCUCCACAAGGAUUAAGCCAUUUAUCAGUAAUAUCACCUAGAACACCUACCUCUCCACCAAGCUUUCCGGUUCACAAUUCUCCUUAUUGGGAUCCAUAUCCUGCUACCAAUACUAACCCAGAGUUUAUGAAGUACUCGGAUUCGAUUGCGGAACUGCAGAAUCAGGCAGAGUUGUAUGGUUUGGAGAGUCAUGUAGAUCCCAUUGGCAGUGAUUUCUAUGGAUUGGAAGCUUCGACGCCGAAUUUCGGUGGAAAGGCCGGUAAAAGGUAUUCAGGCUUGUCUGAUUUUCCUGUUAAGACCUGUCACUACUUUAACAAAGGUUAUUGUAAACAUGGUGAAAGCUGUAGAUACUAUCAUGGACAAGCCGGCUCCGAGAGCUUCUCUCAUAUGUAUGGAAAUGAUUUUGUUAAUGAUGAUCCGGUGGUUUCGCCGGGCUCACUAGCGCAGCUAGAACGUGAGAUUGUUGAUCUGUUAAAGCAAAGAAGACGCAAUCCAAUUACAAUUGCUGCCUUGCCAAUGGCAUAUUAUGAUAAGUACAAGAAGGUGCUUCAGGCAGAUGGUUAUUUAACCGAGAGCCAGCGGCAUGGUAAGUCUGGCUAUAGCUUGACAAAGCUUCUGGCGCGGCUGAGCAAUAGUAUUUGUGUCAUAGACAGACCUCAUGGGCAGCAUGAGGUAGUUCUAGCAGAGGAUGCUCCAAAAUACACACAGAAGAGAGAUUUUGUUCAAAAUAUCAGUGCAUCGCGACAAAUAUAUUUGACAUUUCCGGCUGACAGCACUUUCACAGAGGAGGAUGUCUCUAAUUACUUCAGCACAUUCGGGUGUGUUGAAGAUGUAAGGAUUCCAUGCCAGCAGAAAAGGAUGUUUGGCUUUGUGACGUUUAUUGAUCCGCAAACUGUUAAAACUAUUUUAGACAAAGGGAAUCCCCAUUAUGUUCGUGGGUCUCGGGUGCUUGUGAAACCUUACCGGGAGAAGUCAAAGGUUAUUGAAAGGAAGUAUGCUGAUAGAAUUCAGCACUCUAUGUGUUACUCACCUCACCACGUAGACAUGGAUUCUGAAAUGAACUCAAUUUCAAGAAGUUGUGGGAAUGCUAGAUCUCUUAGGAGACAACUGAUGGAAGAGCAGGAGCAGGCUCUAGAACUAGUAGAAAUGCAAAGGAGACGUUUGGCAGCGUUGCAGUUUGCCCAAAAUUCUCUGUCUACUUCACCCCAGUUUCGCUUCUCCACGAAUGGAAUGAGAGCUUCAGAAGAUCAUUUCAAUUUCAACUUUCAUCCUCAAGAAUCUUUCAAUGAUAAUGAGAAACCAAGUAAUAUAGACACCAAUUUCUCGGAUGAAAACAGCAGCCAAGGGCUUGACCUUCCGGACAGUCCAUUCGCAUUUCCGGUGGAGAAUGAGAAUCAAUAAGUCUUAUACUUUCAGAAACACACACAGAAGAAAUAUAGAGUUUAAAUAGCCCAAGGCCAAAGGCAUCAACUUUCUUUUGAUAUACUAUACAGUACCAAGUAGCUUUGAAGUUUAGUCAAAAUCUCUGGCUAGUACAUAAAAGGCUGAAGAAGGAGAGUUUGAAGACACAACUUGAACAGGUGGAAUUAACAUAAUUCUAAUGAUACUUGUAGCGAGAUUUAUAGUUUUAUAUAUCAUACAAAAUGAUAAAAGGUAUGUUUUAAGAUGAAGGUAGCAGCAGAAGGAUUAUAAGUUAUUAGUAGGACUAUAUAUUAUAUUAUGCAUAGUUUUCAACCAUAUUGUAUCCUUGUCUAGACUCUGGCCAACUAGACUAUAGCUUUUUUAAGCAUAAACAACUUAAAUAACAGUUUGUGGUAAUUUCAAUAUCAGUAUUUUACAUUUUA